AUGGAGCCAGACACCAUGCUCGCUCCCCUCCUCCAUCCCUUCGCCCCCGGCUUCACUGCCGCGCUCUCUUCUGGCUCCUCCUCCUCGUCCACCCGCCGCCGCUUCCUCUCCACCACCCGCAUCCGCCUGCGCACCAGCCUGGGCCUGCACGAGGCAUACGUGGAGGGUUAUCUGCAAGCCAUGUUGGAUACUCUGUAUCGCCAGCCGUACGUCACUGUCAAGAUCGCCAACGACACGGUCGUGCUGAAGAACCUACCCCCCAACACAUCCCUCACCAAUGAGAUGGUGACAUGUGUCACGGAUUUCUUGGUCACAGAAGGCCUGUUGGAGCCUGAGAGGGGAGGAAGCAGGGAUGGGAGGAGAGGAGGAGGAGGAGAGGGCUGGAUGGGAAUGACUGCUGGUGGCCCCGCUGCUGCUGCUGGUCGCAUUGGUGGUAGUGCCGGUGGGGCAGUGGAGGUGUCUGCCUUCCGGUCGCUGCGACGCAUUCAUGGGGAGCAGAUGGGGCCCCACAACGUGCGCCCCUCUCUUCCCUCCGCCCCCCCUCUCUUCCCUCCGCCCCCCCUCUCUUCCCUCCGCCCCCCCUCUCUUCCCUCCGCCCCCCCUCUCUUCCCUCCGCCCCCCCUCUCUUCCCUCCGCCCCCCCUCUCUUCCCUCCGCCCCCCCUCUCUUCCCUCCGCCCCCCCUCUCUUCCCUCCGCCCCCCCUCUCUUCCCUCCGCCCCCCCUCUCUUCCCUCCGCCCCCCCUCUCUUCCCUCCGCCCCCCCUCUCUUCCCUCCUUCCCUUCUCUGCUCAUCUGUCUCAGGGUCCCCACAACAUACGGGUGGCAGUGUGGGAGCAGCUAA